AUGUCUGGCAACGGUUCUCUGACGCCUUCAAAGUCUACACCAAUACUUGGAGAUUCUGCGAAAUACCUGGGCCCUACGAGCUUUACGUCCGUAUUUAUGGAGCAUAGUGAGCAUUUUGAGGUUGAUCUUGCUCUGCGGUCAUCGAAUUCAAUUGAGAAAAACAGACAUGAAGAUGGAAAGGCCUCGCCUCCCAGUCCUGCUGGGCUUUCAUCUUCACACAUUCUCAAUUUAGGAGCUCAAGUUCUACGUAACAUCCUAGAUGAGAGAGAACGCAUCCAUUCGGAGUCCGAAACAGCUGAUGCUGAAAAUGAAGAACUGCGCCUCAAUUUGCAUCGAUCUGUGAAAAAGCCUCUCGUCCGUGAAUUCCCUCUUGAACCCCCCGGCGAGAACGAUAAGGUGACAAUUUAUGAUGAGGCUAGAAGACGAGUCUAUGCGGCAGUUUUCAGUAUCGACAAAGUUCUAGCUACUUUUACCGGUAGGCCACCGCUGCUAAGCCGCCUGUACUCGACCACACGCUUGCCGCUGGAUAUCAGUGAUGAAGCCCUCAUGUCAGGCCAUCGCAAGGAAGCAGACGAUAGCCUAGAUAGGAAUGGCUGGAGUCAAGAUUGUCGCAUAAACUCGGUGAUAAUCCUGCGAGCCCGAACAAUGUUUGCUAUAAUCCGUGAUGAGGUUUUGAAGCUAGUCGAGAUAGGACGGAGUUCUGUGCCUGAUUUUGUGGCCGAACGAGCCUCAGAUCAUUUCCUAGGACUGCACAGCGACUUUGAAUGGCUGGUCAUGUCCUACGCUGUUCCGGCAAGCGGAGUACUCUGUCUCGAACUACUCCGCCAAGCGAGUAAUCCCGAGUCGUAUCCACUCCAUCUUCCACGAUUAGAGAUCAUACAAAGCCUUGGUCUCCUGGUUGGAUUUCUCGACUGGGUCCGACCGAUGGCCUCGGCCCGAGACUUUAAUGUCUUUAUAGCACGUAUUGUAGGCCGAGUUCUGGAUCGCAUCCUCGACGCGCCGGGUAAUUUGACUGGCUUCAUAUCCACACCAAGUCUACGUCUACCACUAGAUUCAUCCUUGUUCGGAUGGGAGGGUGAGUUCCCGGAACAUCCUCAUUUGGAGCUCUUGAUUGAUUGGGAUGGGGCUGUUGCGGAUAGCGUUGGGUUUUGA